AUGAUAAUGGAGGCGGAACAACGCGAACUGUUGGAACUUUCGGGAAUCUUGUUCCAGUUCCAACCAUCAUCGCUUUCCAUACAGCAAUAUCUGGAUUUUGGCCGAAUUGGUACCGCUGCCACAUCAUACACAUUUUUGAAGAAUGAACUUAUGGUGCGGCUCGCCAAUAUUAUGCAGGAGUUUUCUUUACUGCCUCCUAAAUUACUACAAAUGCCGAGUUCUAAACUGGUCAGCAGUUGGUAUUGCGAAAGUUUCGAGGACCUGUUGAAGUAUGAGAGUGCUGCUGCAUCAACGGAAAAUAUAGAGGCGUAUGUUUUCAUUCUUUCAGAGAAAAAAGUUAUUGGAAAAUUCGCUUUUUGA